AUGACUGACGUUAAUAGAACUUGGCAAACCCUGGAAGGGGGUCUGGAGCAAAUCUAUGACCACACGUCCAAAGUUCUUGUACAACGUUAUAUGGGUCUUUAUACGUGAGUUCACUUUUAUUUUUUAAUGAUGUUUAGGUUAGGAGACCGUUGACGAGUUAAAAUAGGAUUUUGAAUUAUUUCAGAGAAGUAUUUAACUUUUGCACACGCCACUCUUACGAUGAGAACGAAGUCUCUAACAGAUCUCAAGUUUCCCGAGAACAGAAGGGAGCCGACUUUAUUGGAGCCGAACUCUACGAGAAACUCCGGGUGUUUGUGACUGCUCAUGUGAAAGAACAACUCAAGGUGUUGGAUGGUCUGCAUGGGGAGGAUCUGCUCACCAAAUACACCGAGUUGUGGACUCGUUUCCAAUUCUCAUCCACAGUCGUCAAUGGAAUCUUUUCAUAUUUGAAUCGACAUUGGAUCAAACGGGAGAUGGACGAGGGCAAGAACUCGGUCGUCGAAGUGUAUAAUGUAAGUAUAAUCUAUCUUGAUACCUUUUGUCAUGUAGAUGUGGUAGAAUUUUCUGAUUUUAGCUAACCGUGCUGAUGUGGCAGCAGCAUUUAUUCGAACCUCUCAAACGAAAUCUAACCCCAGCCUUGAUCAAUCUCAUCAAACAAGAAAGAGAUGGAGAGAAGAUCACAACUCAGCUGGUUAGCGGUGUUAUCAGCUCAUACCUCGAACUCGGAGUCAACGAACCCCAGGAUUUUGCGGUCAACAAUUUGAACGUCAACCAGAAGAACAAGGAAUACAAGUUGGGAGUCUACAGAAGAGAGUUCGAAGCGCCUUUCAUCGAGCACACCAGGGCGUAUUAUUCGGCGGAGUCAGCUGAAUUCGUCCAAAAUAAUUCGAUCACCGAAUACCUAAAGAAAGUGGAGACCAGAUUGAAUGAAGAGAAGGAUCGGUGUGUUCUCUACCUCCAUGAAUUAAGUUUGGAGCCCCUUCUGAAGACAUGUCAUCUAGUUCUUAUCAAGAAUCAUCUGCCCGCCUUCAAUGUGGAAUUUGAACAGUUGCUAAACAACGACAAGGAUGAUGAUAUGGCCAGAAUGUUCGCCCUCUGCGAGCAUGUGGAAUGUGCUUUGGACGAUCUCAGAAAACUCUUGGAGAAGCAUGUUGAGCGGGUCGGAAGGGAAACGAUCGCACAGUGCGCCAGCACCGCCAUCCAAGACCCCAAGGCAUAUGUGAAUGUGAUCCUGGGAGUGCAUAAAAAGUAUGACGAUCUGGUCACAAAGAGCUUCAGAAGUGAUACUGGCUUCGUUCAGUCCAUGGACAAGGCCUUUACGUCCUUCAUCAACAAGAAUAAGAUCACUGAGUUAGCGAAAACUCCCGCAAAAUCCCCGGAGUUGCUCGCCAAAUGCUGUGAUAUGUUGUUGAGGAAGAGCGCUAAGAACCCGGAAGAUAGAGAACUUGAGGAAUUCUUGACUCAGGUGGUAAGUAGUACAUCUGGGUUGGUUUUUUUACGGAGUCAAGGUUAAUGUUGGUGUUCUUUCAGAUGGUCGUGUUCAAAUAUAUUGAUGACAAGGAUGUAUUCCAGAAGUUUUACUCUAAAUUCCUGGCCAAGCGUUUAGUGAAUGAGAUGUCUUCAUCCGAAGAAGCGGAGUCCAGCAUGAUCACUAAACUCAAGCAGAUGUGUGGGUUCGAGUACACCUCCAAACUCCAGAGAAUGUUUACGGACGCCACUCUUUCGAAGGAAAUCUCGGAUGAAUUCAAGAAACAUAUUCAGGAUUCUGGGACCAAGACUGUAGACAUGGGAAUUAUGAUUUUGGCAUCAGGGGUGUGGCCCUUCAGCAAACCCGCCAUCUUUGACCUCCCUCCAUCGCUAAAUGAUUCCAUCGAUAAACUGACCAAGUUCUACACGUUGCGCCACAAUGGACGCCGACUGACCUUCCUCCUCCAGAUGUGCCGAGGAGAGGUGAUGAGCUACUCCCUUCCCAAACGAUACUCAUUCAUCACCUCCGCCGCGCAGAUCUCCAUUUUGAUGCAAUUUAACAACAAGUUGUCCUUCACCAUCCAUGAGCUGGCCGAGAACCUCAAAAUGCAGAAGGAUAUCCUGGUCCCUUCUGUCCAAUCUUGUGUUAAAGGGGAACUUUUCAAAGUGAAUGGCGAUAUUGAACAAGAUACAACUACGGUGACUCUAAAUGAACAAUUCAGUAACAGAAAAAUGAAGGUGGAUCUUUCUAAGACGGUUAUGAAAGCGGAUACCAAAAAAGAAAGCGAUGAAGUACAACAAUCGGUGGAGGAGGACAGGAAAAUGGUGGUUCAGGUACGUGAAUGUUUACGCUUAUAUUAUCUUUGACAUUGAUAUAAAAAUCGUUCGAAAAUUUUAUCAUAAAUUUUUAGGCCUGUAUUGUCCGCAUCAUGAAGACCCGAAAGGCCUUGAAACACAACCUCCUAAUCAGUGAAGUCCUCGGUCAACUCUCUUCCCGUUUCACCCCCAAAAUCCCGAUGAUCAAGAAGUGCAUUGACAUGCUAAUCGAAAAAGAAUAUUUGAAACGCGCGGAUGCCGAGAUGGACACCUACGAGUACCUGGCUUGA